AUGGAAAGCCCCUCGCUCGUCAACGGCCAUCGGCCCUCCUCCGAUUCUGUCGCAAACCCUGGACACUCAACUAUACCUCAAUCCACCGUGUCUACUUCAUCCUUUACAUCUCGACCUGCUCUUGUCUCAAAAGCAGAUACUAUACAUCGCAAUGAUCCUGUGCUGUCCACAGAAUCCACCUCAACCUCGUCACCUCUUCUUAUUGCUGCCAAUGGUGGCUCUUUGAAAGCCACCGACUCCGGCUUUGACUCCGAACAACUCGACGACAACUCUGUAAACCAACCCUCCAAAAACAAUUGCGACCGCCACCGAUCCGAUCAAGAAAUAAAUCCACGUCUCGUCAAGAUGCCUUCUGAACUGGUCGGCAAGACCGUCAGCCCCUUCCUCAAGGAACAUAUUCCCGGCCUCUAUGCACCUUUUGGCAAGAUCAAGGCAGCGAUGCCUCUGUCUCCAAACUCCAACGAUACUACCGUUAUUCGAAAGAAAGAUCCCAACAGCAAGUUCUGUUACCGUCACAGGCCUGAUUCAAAAUGUCGUCGCGCUGCUGACGAAUCUAAGAUGGGCUUCAUCCAGAGUGAACUCAACAGUCUUUCAUCCGCCGACCAAGAGGCCAUCACCCACGUCUGGUCUCUCUUCUCCGCUGCUCCAUCAAAGCAUCGCGAGCUGAUGCUGCAGGGUAUCAUCACUCAAUGUUGCUUCCCUCAACUGUCAACAGUGUCGCGCGAGGUCCAGGAGCAACUCAAGAUUGAUUUCCUUGCUGCUCUUCCCACUGAACUCUCCUAUAAGAUCCUAUCCUACCUUGAUACAGUCUCUCUCUGUAAAGCCGCUCAGGUCAGCAGGCGAUGGAGGAACCUUGCCGAUGAUGAUGUGGUGUGGCAUCGAAUGUGCGAGCAACAUAUUGAUCGCAAAUGCACCAAGUGUGGCUGGGGCCUCCCUCUGCUUGAAAGAAAAAAACUCAUGGCGUGGAGCCGACAUCAACAAGUUCACCGACAACCGCGUGCCGCCGAUGUGGUUGAGAUCGACGACGAAGCUGAGACCCAAACGAGCGAAUCAAGAAAACGCCAAGCCGACGACGAACAAGAACAUGAAGAGCGAAUUGCCAAACGCACGAGAGUGAAUAGCGGGAGCAAGUCGCGACAGCAGCUUGAACAAGAACGCAAGUUUCGACCUUGGAAAGACGUUUAUCGCGACCGAUUCAAGGUGGGGUAUAACUGGAAGACCGGCCGCUGCUCCAUCAAGACAUUCAAAGGUCACGAGAAUGGCGUCACGUGUCUCCAGUUUGAUGACAACAUCCUUGCCACUGGAUCUUACGAUACUACCAUCAAAAUCUGGAAUAUUGAAACCGGAGAAGUGAUACGCACAUUGCGAGGCCACACAUCGGCAGUUCGCACCCUUCAAUUCGACGAUUCUAAGUUGAUUAGUGGCAGUUUUGACAAGACUAUCAAGAUAUGGAAUUGGCAGACGGGAGAGUGUCUAAGUACGCUUCAAUGCCACACUGAGGGUGUUCUGUCAGUCCACUACGAUGGCUGCACUUUGGCUUCUGGCUCCAUUGAUAAGACCAUCAAGGUGUUCAGCUUCAACACCAAGCAGACAUUUUGUCUCCGAGGUCAUACUGACUGGGUCAACCAUGUACGCAUUGACUCGCCCUCCCGUGUUGUGUUUUCAGCAUCGGACGAUCUCUCGGUCAAAAUUUGGGACAUCGACUCCAAGCAAUGUAUCAAGACAUUCCUUGGUCACGUUGGCCAGGUUCAGCAGGUGCUCUUAAUGCCUGCGGAUUUUGAGCCUGAUGAGAUGCCUCAUUUGGACACCACGGAUGCUGUGUCUGUCUCAAGUAGCCGAAGCAACACCCCGCCUGCAGCAACUUCUGAACAGCCCGUCGAUGUUCGAGCAUCCUAUGGAUCGGGUUUUACAUCUGAUCCUGACCGACCACUGCCCCCACGCUACAUGCUCACUGGUGGAUUGGACAACACUGUCCGUCUAUGGGACACCACCAAUGGCAAGUGCAUUCGCAGCAUGUUUGGUCAUGUUGAGGGUAUUUGGGGUCUUGUUGGCGACACUCUUCGUGUAGUCACAGGUGCCAAUGACUCCAUGACCAAGAUCUGGGAGCCUCGCUCUGGAAAGUGUGAGCGCAGCUUCACUGGCCAUGCUGGCCCUGUUACUUGUGUUGGUCUUAGCGACAGCCGCAUGGCAAGUGGUAGUGAGGACGGCGAGGUUCGAUUGUACAGCUUCGAGGGUGAGCGUGUUGAAGAACGUGGCACACCUUCAUGA